GUGCGUGUGCGUUAGUGCGAUUCAGUGGUAACUGCGCGACAUUUUCUCAAAUUUUUAUAGAUUUCAAACGCUAAGAAGCACGGAGUCGAACAGAGUGUUAGAUAGAUGGCAGCGGGCAGCGGCUCAGCAGUUUUACUGUAGGCUAUUAGCUGCAUUUGCGCAACUGUAAUCAACGUUUGCAUAGAAAUAUCUUGCCAGCUAGCCAGCUAGCAGCUACAUAUGCUGACUACCUGCCGUGAUCGCUACUGAUUCCGUACGAAAUUAUCGCAGCAUUGCUUCUUUUUUAAUUGUACCGAUAUUUACCCUUGAAUACACUUAAAGUAUUUCAGUGGGCAAUGAGCGAGGGAUAUUCUUCUUGCUUUUUUCCGUCAUUUUGGGAAUAAAAUUACUUCGUGUUGCGGGGGAGACGGGGAACUAACCGGGUUUGGUGGUUGUGACACACUCGCGAAAUGCUGUAGAGGACAACAGGAACACACAUCAGAAACUGGCCUGGGAUCGAACCCACCUUCGGAUCAGAGCCUAAAUCGAAAGCAAAGUCUUUGAUCGUGACUCCGAGCUCCAAGAGGGCUCAGUGUGGAGCUAUGUGAUGACCCAUGCGCGGCAGAAAGAUUCUCUGAGCCAGUAUCAGAGUGAAGGUGGGGACCAGGUCGGGGGCGGGCCGCAUGGUGAAACGAUGGGCGGAGCCUGGCCCGAGUGCCCACUGGGAGAAGGCAGGACCAAGCAGGGCGUGGCCAAGAGAGGCAGAUUUAAAGAAAUGAAGGACCUGAGUGUGGAGCAGGACAGGAAGCUGUACCCACUGAGGGGGAGGGUGGGCGUGUCUGAGGUGGGGACACGCAGCUGUCGGGUGCUGCUGACCCGCCUGGAGGCGAGCGGAGUGCAGGGGGCGGGCCAGGACAGCGCGCCCGACAGCCUCCCCGCUGGAGAGGAUCAGAGUGCCGUUUCUGCACAAGAGUUCAGCAUGCCCCUCAGCUGCGGCAAGAAGGCCCGCAGAACGUGUCUCCUGGCACUGGAACCAAAAAACAAACCAAAACCUGAAAAACCUGUCCUGUACCCACCCGCCCUGGAGCCACGCAAACGCAGGCUGGCCUCUCUCAAUGCCGAGGCCGUCAACAGCCUGUUACUGGAGAGGGAGGACCCCCAGCAGACAGCCAGACUGGCCAAGAAGCAGCAGCAGCACCGGCUGAAUGGAGAAUGCGCCUCUUCCAGGGAACAAGCCAAGGAUGUGGCAGCUCCUCGCAAAGGACUGGAGGCUCAGAAGGGCUCCAAGUCGCAGAAAUCCCAGCUGUGCGGAAGCCACAAACAGCACAAGAAGGCAAAGCUAGAGGGUGGGGGCCUUGAGGGGAUUAGCCUGGACAGUCCAGCCCCCCGGCGCUUGGCAGGACUCAAUGCUGCUGCUCUGCUAAAGCUCACUAGCGCCUCCUCUGGUGCCAAAAGACGACUCAAGACAGAUUGCAAAGAGGUUUGCGGGACACAGCGGGGGAAACACCCGCACCCAAAAUCACGGAAACAGCAGCAGAGAGCGCACGGGCAGCCGAAGGCACUGUCUCAGGGGGGUUGCGCCGUGUGUAAGAAGGAAGCCCUCCACCCUGAGGUGGAGUGGGAGGGGACUGCAGGGGGGCACGGCUUCACCAAAUCCUACCUGUGCCGAACCGUGCUGGGUUAUCCUCUACAGCCGGUCAAAGAGGAGCAGACGGAGACUGAGGUCAAUUCCUUCUACUGUUGUGCCCAGGAGGGCAGUGUAAAGUACUGCCGCGGAGGACUGGCCCUGUUCCUUGGCCGUCAGACGUACAGCGAGCCAGAGGACCAUUCCCAGUCCUCGCUCAAGCAGGAGUUCCCGCCCCCUCCCCACUCGCUGACACACCCCGCCUUGGCCAUUGGCACGCACCCUUACCCCUGCUUCCCUGGCUACUAUGUCCACAUCGCCCACCCCAGGGCCUCCACGCCCCCCCCGAGCACGGGCCCCAUGCCGUACCCCGCCUCCUCUGUACCGCCCCUCACUCUGUGCAGCGGCGGGGUCCCCAGCUCCAAGCUGCUGGCCUCUUCGGUCUCGCACGCCUCAGGAAUCCCACAUCCAGCCUUCUGUGGCUCGGUCGGGUCACCCUGCUUUGGGGAGGCCUGCAGGGUCAGCGGCUAUGCCUACAGAGCCAUGCAGCCCAUGGCCAGCAGGGGCUGCUCUUACAAUACGGGCUGUUCUGGUUGCGCCCACAAAAUCAAAACUGAGGAGUUCCCCGCCUCGCUGGAGGACCGCAGCCCCUCCAUCCCGGUGUGGCCGGCCCUGCCCCUCUCCAGCUGCCCCGUACCCAGUGUGCCUCCCGCCGUGCAGACGCUGCUGUCCGACCCGAGCCAGCCGGCGGUGCAGUUGCGCGUGGCACGGGAGUGUCCACAGAGCGCCAAGCCCCCGAGCGGCUCGCGCUCCGGCGUGCGCAGCUCCAGCGGUUGCCCCCACAUCAAAGACGGCCAGCUGGCGCCUGGCCACACCGCCAACACCAGCAAGCAGCAGAGAAUCUCCCGCCGCCGCGCCACCAAUGGCUGGCUGCCCGUUGGCGUGCCCACCGAGAAGGAGGUCUUCAUCGUGGGGGAGGAGGAGACGGCUCUUCGCAGGUGUUAUGAGGGGGUGCAGCGGGAUGGAGAGCUCAUCCAGGUGCGCGACACUGUGCUGCUCCGCUCAGGGCCCAGGAAGAAGUCUCUGCCCUACGUGGCCAAAAUCUCCGCCCUGUGGGAGGACCCAGAAACCGGAGAGAUGAUGAUGAGUCUGUUCUGGUACUACCGGCCCGAGCACACACAGGGGGGCCGCAAUCCCAGCAUGCACUGUGAGAAUGAGAUUUUCGCGUCUCGUCAUCAGGAUGAGAACAGUGUGGCCUGCAUUGAAGACAAGUGUUACGUGUUGACAUUAGCACAGUACUGUAGAUUUUGUGCCUUGGUGAAGCGUCGUGGGGAGGGUCUCCCCGAAAGUGCCCCCGUGGUGCCGCCCUCCCCUGAGUAUGCCAUCCCACCCCAUCGCCGCGUGCCCGCUGACAUCGACCCCGAGCUGGUGUUCCUCUGCCGGCACGUGUACGACUUCCGCUACGGCCGCAUCCUCAAGAACUUGCAGUAGGGUCCUCCGGGCGGGAGGUCUCCCGGCAAGGGGCGGGGUCUCUCCCGGUGCGGGGCGGGGUCUCCGGUUGCGGGGCGGGGUCUCUCCCGGCGUGGGGUGGGGUCUCCCAGUGUGGGGCACCUGGAAUCAAAAAAUCGCACACGAGAGGGGGAUCUUAUCAGAUGAAAACCAAUCAAUUUCCUGGACAAAACAAGCCAGCAGGCAGGUGCCAAAUUGGAGGGGCAUGGAAGGGAGGUGGGUGGGGUCUUUGAUCGAUGGGGGAGGGGUGGGUGAGAGGGUUGGAAAGUGUUUGCCUCAUGUCACUUUCUGAAGAGUUGACAGGGCACUUAAACUGGGGAGCUAUCACAGGGAGAGAUGACCUUGUGACCCUCCCUGUUACACUGAAGAUGCCAGACAGAUGUUGGAUGGACUUUAUGCACAACAUAUCCUUGACAUGACAUGGAACAAAUGAGAAAAAUAGCUUAACUGACACAAAAUCACAUCUAAACACAACUGUUUCUGUUUUUUUUUUUUUUUUGGGCGGAAUGGUCCCUGAUUAGUGAGGAUUUGAGGGUUCCUGUGUUUAUACAGUUAGGGUAUACCAGCGGGGAGCAUCAGUCAGAAUCAGGUGCAAUAAGGGUGAAGGCUUCCCAUCAACCUCUCUUGGGGAAUAAAAAGGAACCUUUAUUGGCUGAAGUGUAUAAGCAGAUAUUUUCGACAGAACUUUGGCAGGAAGUUCAUUUUUAAAAAGUCAUGAAGGACUUUUAAGUUUCUGCAUUUCUCACUGAAAGGAAACUGACCGCGGCUGCAUCUGUCCUGAGUAGAGUAGCCGGGUUUGGGUCAGCACUAGUUCACUGUCUGCAUAGUGAUGGUCAAGCGUAAAGAAGACGACCAGAAACUCUUAAAAUGGGAGGACCAAGUAUCCCAGGGUCCACUGGGUUACCCCCACAAGAGUGGGUGCCCCUCCCCCUUCCCUGCUGUGAUUUGACCAAUGAGAGGGAGGCGUUGAUCUCAACGCUCACCCCACUGUUACCCAUGACUUGCCUUAUGCCUUGCUGGUAGAGAUUUAGGCUCCACCCCACUUUCACUCCCCGCACAUCCAAAUCCCCACCUCAAGAUUAAACCAAAGGAUGCCACCAAUCAGAACCCCGGUCCCAGCAGUCCCCCC